AAAAAAAAGUUCCCAGAUUGGCAGUUUGUUUAUCCAGCGUGGGGGAAAUUCGAAAAUCCGUCGCACACAACUCGACGUGGAACGGCUCGACUUGGACUAGGCACAAACAUAAUCUUUGAGUUCUAUUGGCAGUAUCCAAUCCUAUUGCACCAGAAGAGAUAGCGAUAUCCAUCUACCUCCAACAUGGCCGGGCCCCCUUCUUCCAGCGGCUCGGAUACGUCGAGUGAGGACGGCUGGGUCGACGCCGAGAACGAAGUCGAGGAACCGCCCACCAUCGUGUCGCUCCUCGACGAUGCCGUUUUUACAGAUGCUGCUUCCAUGGUGAAGCACUGCAAAGACAAGCAUGGCUUCGACUUUGUUGCCACGCGCGACAGGCUGGGGCUUGACUUUUAUGGCUGCAUCAAGCUUAUCAACUAUGUCCGCCAGCGGGCGCUGGACCGCGCGGCUCUGCCGGCCGAGAUCAAGCCGGCUGACCUGGAGGAUGACCGCUACCUGAAGCCGGUGCUAGCCGACGACGCAUUCAUCAUGGCCCUCGACGACCUCCCUGAGAGCACCGCACCUGUUGCUGGGGAGUCGGCAGCUGCUGGUGGCGAGGCCGAUGCCCUCCGAUCGCGUAACGUCGAGCUCCAAGCUGAGCUGGACCGCCUCGUGCGCCAGUUCGCCGACUAUCGCACGGCAGUGCAGCAGACGCUGGAUCAGCGCUGGGGCGAGGACGAGGGCGCCUCGUCGACCGCGGCCGUGUCUGGCGCUGCUGCUGCCGUUCCGGCCAAGGAAGUCGACGAGUCCAAGUACUACUGGGACUCGUACGCGAGCAACGAGAUCCACGAGACUAUGCUUAAGGAUGCCGUGCGCACCGAGGCAUACCGCGACUUCAUCUACAACAACAAGGACCUCUUCAAGGGCAAGGUGGUCCUCGAUAUCGGCUGUGGCACUGGCAUUCUCAGUAUGUUCUGCGCCAAGGCCGGGGCCAAGCUGGUCAUUGCGGUGGACAACUCGGACAUCAUCGACAAGGCGCGCGAGAACAUUUUCAACAACGGACUCGGCGAGCAGAUCACCUGCCUCAAGGGCAAGAUGGAAGAGGUCAAGCUGCCGGUGGAGCAGGUGGACAUUAUCGUGAGCGAGUGGAUGGGCUACUGCCUGCUCUACGAAGCCAUGCUCCCCAGCGUGCUGUGGGCGCGCGACCGCUACCUGGCCCCCGACGGCCUGUUGGUCCCGAGCCACACGUCCAUGUGGGUGGCCCCCAUGUCGGACCAGGACUGGGUCGACGACCACAUCACGUUCUGGCGCAACGUCUACGGCUUCGACAUGAAGGCCAUGCAGGAGGGUAUCUGCGCCGAGAGCCACAUCGAGGUGCUGCCCCCGCGCUCCCUGUGCGGCGAGCCCUUCAUGUUCCGCAUGCUAGACCUGCACACGGUCCGCGUCGAGGACCUCAUCUUCGAGUCCACCUGGCGCUCCACCCUGACAGCCGACGCGCCGCGCCUCGACGCCUUCGUCGUCUGGUUCGACACCUUCUUCUGCAACGCGCGCGGCAAGACGGUCGAGCCGCCCGACGCCACCGCCCUUGCCUGGGGCGACAGCAGCCGCGCCGACCGCGUCGCCUUCACCACGGGGCCCUUUGGCACCCCGACGCACUGGAAGCAGGGCAUCCUGACCACCCGCCCAGGCUGCGCCCCUCUCACGCUGACCAAGGGCCAGACGGUGUCGGGCAAGCUGACGGUCUCGAUCCCCGAUGACCACCCGCGAGGACUGCGCUUGAAGGUGGACUGGGGCGCGGAGCAGCAGGGUGAAGUCAAGGAGGCCGCUAGCGUUGACAAUGUCACAGAUUCUCAGGUCUGGGAGGUGCGCUAGCCUAGAAAUUUGACAUGCAAAUCUGCUGCUUGAACAGACAUCCUUGUGGGAUUGAGUUUAUAGAUCAAGUAGAGAAAAAAAAGAUAUGGAAGCCAUGUACGUCGAUGGCAGUAAUGAUGCAGCCAAAACUCCUGAAUAGCC